UUAGCACAUUACAGGAUUUCCAUACAUUGCACGUUUGACAGACAAUUUCACAAUAAUAUCAUGAGUUACUGUCUCCUCACGUUUAUAUAAGAUGAAAUCAGUUAUUAUAUUUAGAAACACGACAACUGUGGGUCAGAUACGUUAUUUUUAUUCCAAAAAUUACAGAUUAAAAGAAAGUUUAUUAAGAAAUUUGAGUUUUAGGAAUGACCUACAGCACUGCAACUGUUUCAACUGUCAAACUUUUUCACAACAAAUCAGGAAUUAUACAAUGGAAGGAAACAAAAAAGAAACGUUCAUGAUAGCAGGUCUUGGAAACCAUGACUAUCCGGGGACAAGGCACAGUGUAGGAAUGCAGUUUGUCAAUAGGCUUGCUAAAUUUCUUGACAUGAAUUUUACAAAGAAUCGAGACUGUGUUGGCUUUGUUGGAGAAAAAGAAUUGAAACAUAUAAAUCUUGUGCUACUGAAACCAAAACAGCCCAUGAAUAUAAAUGGACCAAGUGUUUAUAAAACAGCUAAAAAACAUAAUGUGCCAGUAUCAAACAUAUUCAUUGUGCAUGAUGACCUUCAAAAAAAGGUUGGCAAAGUUACAAUAAAGGAAGACGGAAGUCCUUUGGGACAUAAUGGAGUGAAAUCUGUUAUUCAGUCAUUUAAAACUGAUGUAAGUACAUCUGUAUUGUAUUAUAAACAUUUUGAAAUUGUAACACAAAGAUGCAUUUGCAUUUGAAAAAAAAAAUCUGGCUCUUUGUUGGAUUCGAGUUUGAGUCUCUUU